AGAUAUAGGCGGGUAGGACGGCUUGAGCGCCGAGAGCUCGGUUGGCAGUCGGUCUUCUCCUCCACCUCGGAGCCAGGGACUCCUUCCUCGAGGCGGGGCAGUCUCCCGCCCGCCUCAGCCCCCUUUUAGGGAGGAAAGGAAAGGAAGGAAGGCAAUAGGGAGGGGCGGAAAGAACAGAAGCAAAGAGGAGCCUCUUCUCGACUGGGGUGGAGGGAGCGAGCGCGACGGCGGCUCCUCGCGGGAACAAAGAGGCGCGAAAACGCGAAGGCUGAGGGGGGAAAGGGGGGCACUCCUCGUCUCGCUCCAACGGCCGCGGAGAUGAAAGAAGAGUGAAAAGGCAUGGAUAUAACAUGAAUUACUUAACACAUUCAGAAAAAAUAGGAAUUAUUUCUCAGUUAGCUAAAUAAAAUGGAUGAGUCGGUCUUAUUGGAUCUGUUGGAGUGUCCUGUCUGUUUAGAACGUCUGGAUGCUUCUGCAAAAGUCUUGCCUUGUCAACAUACAUUUUGUAAAAGAUGUCUCUUGGGCAUUGUGAGCUCACGCAAUGAGCUUCGUUGUCCUGAAUGUAGGACAUUAGUAGACUGCAAUGUUGAUGACCUUCCUAAUAAUAUUUUGCUUGUUCGACUACUAGAUGGCAUCAAACAAAGGCCUCAGAAAUUGACUAAUUUAAUGACAUGCACAAAUUUAUUAAGGGCCCAAACUAGCACUGUUGCUAAUUGCAUUCAAAAAGACCUACAUAGUUCUCAAAGUGUCCAGCAACAGAGAGUACAAGCACGAAGUCCACCUGUUAGGGGUGUACCUCAGUUACCUUGUGCCAAAGCAUUAUAUAACUAUGAGGGGAAAGAGCCUGGAGAUCUUAAAUUCAACAAAGGUGACAUCAUCAUAUUACGUCGGCAAGUUGAUGAAAAUUGGUAUCAUGGAGAAGUUAAUGGUAUCCAUGGAUUUUUUCCUACCAAUUUUGUCCAGAUAAUUAAACCAUUACCUCAACCUCCACCUCAGUGCAAAGCACUUUAUGACUUUGAAGUUAAGGACAAGGAAGCUGACAAGGAUUGUUUACCCUUUUCAAAGGAUGAUAUUCUUACUGUAAUUCGCCGUGUAGAUGAAAAUUGGGCUGAAGGAAUGUUGGCUGACAAAAUUGGAAUAUUUCCUAUUUCAUAUGUUGAGUUUAACUCAACAGCAAAACAACUUAUUGAACUAGACAAACCAUCAGUUUCUACAGUAGAUUCUGGAGAAGGCACUUCUGGUACAUCUCAUUGCAAUUCAGUUCAAAAGCAUACUGAGGUAAAGAAGAACACAAAAAAACGCCAUUCUUUUACUUCCCUUACCAUGUCCAAUAAGGCUUCACAGUCUUCUCAAAAUCGUCAUUCAGUGGAAAUCAGCCCUCCUGUUCUCAUCAGCUCCAGUAAUCCAACUGCUGCAGCACGGAUAACUGAGCUUUCAGGCCUUUCUUGUAGUGCACCUUCUCAGGUUCACAUUAGUACCACAGGAUUAAUUGUAACCCCACCACCCAGCAGUCCGGUAACAACAGGACAUUCAUUUACCUUUCCACCUGAAGUCACUUACCAAGCUGCUUUUGCUGUGAGUAGUAUUAAUCCACCUGUCCCACCACCCCCACCACCUGUCUUAUCUGCUGCAAUAAUUGCCUCUAAUCCUACGUGCCUGCCUUUGGGGUCAAUUCAGAAGUCAACAUCUGCAUUGACCGAGCAAAUAUCACAUUUGAGAGCACAGACAAGACCAAGUGUGUAUAUUGCUAUUUAUCCAUACACUCCUAGAAAAGAAGAUGAACUGGAAUUGAGAAAAGGUGAAAUGUUUUUGGUGUUUGAACGUUGUCAGGAUGGCUGGUUUAAAGGAACUUCCAUGCAUACCAGCAAAAUUGGUGUAUUCCCUGGAAAUUAUGUGGCACCAGUUACAAGGCCAAUGACAAGUGCCUCCCAAGCAAAAAUACCUGUAUCUACUGCUGGCCAGACAGGGCGAGUAGUGACCAUGGUCAAUGCUUCCACUGCUGGAGGAACAGUGCAAAAACUUCAGGGAAAUGGUGUGACAGUGACUUCUGAUACAAUACCAACAGUCUCUGCUGCACAUAUACAAAAGAGUCCACAAUCCAAGAUCAUUAUGCAUAUGUCCAGUCAAAUGACAUUGAAUCAAGCUCGCAAUGCAGUUAGAACAGUUGCAAUUCAUAGCCAAGAAAGACCGACAGCCACUGUAACACCAAUUCAAACUCAGAAUUCAGCAUGCCUUAUUCCUGCUGCUGUAAUUAUUCCACACCAUCCUGUUGCCUCCCAACAGCUACAACCUCAAUUUCCAAAUGCUGCUGCUUAUAUCACAGCUGUAAAUAUCAACCGAGCAAAUGUCCCAUUGGCUUGCACAACUUCUUCAUUAAGUUCUCCUAGCACUUCUGUAUCGGUAGAUGGAGAUUCAAGUGGGAAAAUUGUGACUGUUCAUACGGGAGCUCCAGCUUCCCCAGAGAAUACCUUGACUGCUGGAGGUACUCCUAUGCUGAGUAAAACAGAGAGAGAUGGAAAGAAAGAAAAAAAGGGGUUGCUAAAGUUACUUUCAGGAGCAUCUACUAAGCGUAAACUUAGAGCAUCACCACCAUCAUCCCCAACUCUCGAAGUUGAGCUGGCAACUACAGAACUCUCCCUUCAGGGUGCUGUAGGGCCAGAAAUUCCAUCGAUUUCUGGUCAAGGAAGAGCAGACACUUGCUCCAUGGACAGUGAAUCCCCUACAAUAGUGCUGGAGAAUACUCACUGCAAAACAAGUUCUUUGGAUUCUAAUAUACCUGUAGUUCCUCCUCCAAGGCAACCAUGCUCAUCAUUGGCUCCAGUGUCAAAUGAAUCCAGAUCUGUAAUCUAUGAACGAUACAGAGUAGUGGUAUCCUACCCGCCUCAGAGUGAAGCUGAACUUGAACUUAAAGAAGGAGAUGUUGUUUUUGUUCAUAAAAAACAUGAAGAUGGCUGGUUCAAAGGCACAUUGCAGCGAAAUGGAAAAACUGGCCUUUUUCCUGGAAGCUUUGUGGAGAGUAUCUGAGAAAACUAAUUUGAAACAUUUCAACUCUCACAGCACUAUAAAACAAAGAGAUUGCAGCCAUGGAAGGCUGGAGCAUAAACAAAUUUAUGUUUAUGUUUUUCAGUAUCCUUACAGCACAAUUCUGGUAGCAAAGAUUAAAAUAGUUGCUUUUUAUCAUUUUGAAUUAUUGAGUGUAACGUGUGCCUUGUAAUGUCUCAUUUAUUCUUCAGAGGAUUUUAAAAUGUGUGUGUGUGUGUAUACACAUACAUAUGAUAAAAGCUUAUUGUUUACAAGGCUGUAACUAAUUUAUUCAUUUUUCUAAACUUGAAUUCUGUUUAAUAGCUAAAGUUUGGUGAUUAUGAUUAACAAGUUAUUUAUAAGAUAAGGAGAAGCUGGAUUCUUUUCUUGCAAAAAGAUAUAAUGUCAGGUGGCUUUUUCCAACAGUGGGUGACAGUGAAGUAGGUUUUUUUUAAUGGGUUAAUGUUGGCUAUAAUGAUGGUGAUGUGAUAUCAGAUUGAAUCAUGCACACUGGGGUAAAAUGAUAUUGUGGAUUUGUUUUAUUUAGGGUGAGAAAUUAUCUGUCAAUAACAAGUCUUAAUGUCUCAGAUAGAAACAUUUCUGAUGAAACAUUUGUAAAAGGCAAUUAAACAGCUAUGUAGCAUUGUUAACAUUUUUCAAAGUGAGAAUAGAAUAUAUAAAAUAUACCAGAAAUUGGGAACAUCAACUUCCACUAGCAUCUAUUUGUCGAGUAGUUUUGGAUAUGUGUUUUCCUUUGUAGAUUUGUCUAGUUCUUUGAGUCCAUAACAUAGAGAAUGUAAACGAGUUAAGAUAGAUUUAAUGCAAAACAACUGGAAGAAUGGAAUAUAAUUGUGAUAAUUGAUAGAAUCAAAAUUUAAAUUCAGGUUGCACUCACUGUCUAAAUAUGCCAAUAAAUGUUCGCUUCUUUACAUUUUCAAACUGAUUUGCAUGGCUGAGACAAAUUACCUUGUUUGAGCAAUAGUGGUGGUAAGUGAUAUACUUGUGUUUUUAAAGUAAAGGCUGUAAGAACACUGUGAAAUUUUUGCUAAUUUUGAAACUGUUGCUAUUUUUAUAUGUCUUGAGUUGUCAAUGUCUUGCAUGCAUUAUCACAUUCAUACAGGUAUACAAAACAGCGCAUGACUGACUAUAGAGUUUAUUAUACUGUACCGUUAUGAUGAACUGGAUGUUAAAUAACCAGUUACCUGCUAGUGUGAAAACCACUGACCAAAAACUAGUGAGUAAUUGGAUGCUACUGUAUAAAGAAUAUUCUCACUAUUCAGCAUAAUUCCAGCCAUGGAUAUUUUAAAGCACAAGAGUUUUGUGGAGCAUAUUCUCUACUUAAUUUCAGACUUUGAAGAAGAUUCAAAUAUUCAGUUUCCCCUCUCAUUAUUUUUGCAUUCUUAGUUUGGAAAUAAAUGUUCUAAGGAAGGAAAACUGCCAUUUAACUUUUUUUUAUCCUUUGCUGAAUAUCCUCUGCUGAGAAGCUGUUCCCUCCUAAACAAUGAAUGUUAUCAAUUAUAAACCAAUGAACAUUACAAAUUAUUACCAAUGAACAAUUAUAUUUAAAAAUUAUAGCCUUUUAAAACUUAGAAUCUGUUGAGGUGGACUAGUAGAAAUCUCCUAUUCUCUAGUGAUCUGCUAACAUUUCUGGACAUUACUCUGCCUUUCCCUCUUCAAGCUAAUUAGUCCUAAGAGAGAGGAGCAUGUUAGCAAGAUUAAAAAAAUAAUCUUGUGAAGUCUUUUGAUCCCUUCCCAAACUGAAUUCUAUACCACAAAAAAUGUCAAAUCUCAUGGAUUUAGUUGCUGGGAAGGGAAUGGGUUUAUAAUAGUUACACUGGACCUUUUAGUAGACCUGAAAUUGUCAUUUAUUCUGUACAUGAUUCUUGUCAGGAAACUACGAUUACAGUAUUUCAAUAUUAUCGCAUAUUCAAACUAUUAUUACUAUUAUUAUUGGCACAAGACUAUCUUCAUGCCAUUGCUUGACAGUGGCAAUCUUGUUACAUUUAGCUUACCUAAUUUCUGUAUAACAUUUAGAUUAUUUUGGCAGACCUCUUCUUUAAGUAUAUGAUAGGAAGAAAUUCUAUAGGUAAUUACCUUGAAAUAGUAACCUGCCCAUGAGAAAGAUUGACCUGUAAAUUUCUAUCUAUUACGAAGCUGCUCAAGAUUAUGAAUUCAGUUACCAAAAUUGUGGGUAACCUUAAACUCAGUAUCUUUUCUUUAAUAACCAGGUAGUGCGAAUUUAAAAAUCUUUGUUUUCCGACAAGAAUGAGACUUUAAUAUUAAAGGAAAUGCAUGUUGUAUUAAAGUGAAGAAUUCAAAAUAGUUGAUGAUUAAUGAUUUUCAUGUAAAACACAAAUGAUUUUUUAAAUAUAUAAAUGGGAGAAAAUAAUUGGUAGUUGAAAUGGUUUCUUCCAAUAUCAAGUAGUUUCAUUAUUAUUUUAAUAUAUUGAAAACAUUCCUUAAAUGAUACACUGAACAAUACAAUUCUGUGGAAUUUAAAAAGCUUGGUUUACUUGAAUGUUUAUAUGAUGUACAAACUAUUUGAAAUGAACUUUAAUAAGGAAAUGCUGGCAUCAACUUUCAUCAGCACCUAUUGACACUUAUGUGUCAAUCUUAUUUUCAUGUAUUAGUAGAUUUAUAUGUGAGAGACUACUACAAAGAAUCUUCUCCACAUGGUAGCAUAUCUGUGUGUCACAGGUACCUCUGUUUCAAGAUUUUAUUAUAUAAUGUCUAUCAAAAAUAUAAAUUAAUACGAUAAUGUUCUUACAGUAUAAUACAUUUUCUAAUAACUUUUUAAGAAAAUGGAUCAUGUUUUAUUUUAAAGGCUUGUUAUACACCGUACAACAAUUUUUUAAAAUGCAGUUUUCAUGUCACAUGACCUUUAUAAUGUUUGUGGGACUUGGAUUGGUUUUUAGGAUUGCGUGUAAUUGAA